AUGUUGUACGGUGCUGAGUUGUGGACACUUAAUCGAGAAAAACUAUCAAAAUUGGAAAAGGUACAGAAUAUAUUUUUAAGAGUAUGUCUGGGUUUACUUAGUGGUACCUCGGGUUCAGCUGCACGUGGACUUCUUGGUCUCUGGACGGUCGGAGCAGAAAUAGACAAACGAAAGCUUCUGUUUCUCAGACGACUAAUAUGUGCAAGUGAGGACUGUGUACAUCGCAGGGUAUUCAUGAUACGACUUAAUAGAUGGAGAUGGAAUCCGAACAAAAUCACUGGUUUUGUACCAGAUUUGGUUAGAAUCUUACAGAAGUAUUGCUUGUGGGAGUAUAUGGACAAUUUUCUGCAGUCUGGAAAUUUUCCCAGUAAAUCUGAAUGGAAGAAAACAGUAAUUGAGAAUAUUAAUCAUACGGAGAUUGAGUUUUGGAAGAUCAAAACGCAACGUUAUAAACAAUUAGGAUUAUACAGCCAAGUCGUAAAAGAACCAAUGCGUAACUUGUGGCUGCAGUUUGCUCUCGAAAACAGCGAGAUGGCCAACCAAGUGGCAAUUAUUGUUAAAAUUCUUUGUGGGUCAUUCUAUGUGAAUGGUGUGAGAUUUACUGGGGAAAAAACACAAUUUCAUUGCAUGUCUUGUGGUAACUACUACAUAAAUCCUGUAAAACAUGCUAUGUUGCAUUGUUGUGAAACACAAUUAGCAAGAACAAAAUUAUGGGAACGUAUCACAGAUUUCUUUCCAGUGGAAUUCGUAGUAAACAUUAACUCGUUAGAUGAGAACAAUUUGAUGCAGACGAUCUUUGGAAACAUGCAAUUCAUGCAGGGUCAUGAUAAUAACCAAGUACAAAACUUUUAUAUUAUCGUUGCUGAGUCGAUUUCGCAGAUAAUAACAAUAACCAGUUACAUUGACAUUUAUUUGGAUUCAGAAACUAUUCAUUAG